UACAGCGUGAAGAAAGAUAAAGGUCCAUCACGAUCCACGAGCACUGGAAUUGGCGAGAGUGCGCCAUACAGCCUGAAAGGGCGGGUUAUCUCGCCUACAGCAGCAUCCCCAUCGACAAUGACCUGGUCAGAAGUGCUCUGGCAAGUCUUCGUUUAUGGAGCUAUUCUAUCAUCCGCCCUCAGCGGCCUCCUACUUUUCACUCUCCCCAUAGCCUACUCCAACUUCGACCCAGGCUACGUAAAUGAAGAAGACUUCACCGAAGAACACAAGGAGAAUGCCACCAAAUCCGGAUAUGCCUUCUUCGCCAAGCACAAAGAUCCCGCCGACAGGCUAAAAAUUGAUGCCAGCGUGCAAAUCGUGGUCCUUGGCGACAUAGGCCGCAGUCCUCGCAUGCAAUAUCAUGCACUGAGCAUUGCAUCUCAUGGCGGCACAGUAGACCUCAUCGGCUACACGGGCUCAGAGAUGCAUCCUGAUAUCUUGCAAAGCAGGCUGAUCAAGAUCGUCCCGAUUGCAGCUUGGCCGCGAGCAUUACAAUUCGACAAUCGCAUUCUGUUCCUCUUGUCUGCGCCCUUCAAAGUGCUCUGGCAGGUAUGGAGUCUCUACUAUGCGCUUGCAUACAGGACGCGCGCUGCGAAGUGGAUGCUCAUUCAAAAUCCGCCUUCAAUCCCAACAUUGGCUGUCGCAAGACUCGUCACUUUCCUACGCAAUACACGACUGGUGAUUGAUUGGCAUAAUUUCGGCUACUCGAUACUCGCAUUGCGAUUAGGACCAACACAUUCUCUUGUCAGAAUCUCGGAAUGGUAUGAAGGCUUCUUUUCGAGAUACGGAGUUCAUAGCCAUUUCUGCGUUACAAAUGCUAUGGCCCGAGUGCUGAAGGAGAAAUGGGGGAUUCAGAAUGCUUUGACACUGCACGACAGACCCGCAGAAAUUUAUCAACCACUUGACCAGGAGCAGAGAAUUGAGCUACUCAAAGCUCUGCCAGCAACGACAGGAAAUGUCGAAGAUAUUCUAGGUGGGAACUGUCGUUUGCUAGUCUCUUCCACAUCCUGGACACCAGAUGAGGACUUCUCUGUUCUACUUGAUGCUCUCGUGCGGUACUCCAACGCAAAAGACCUCGACGACUCUCUACCCAACAUCAUCGCCGUCAUCACAGGCAAAGGUCCACAACGAGAUCACUAUCUAAACCAAGUCGUGAAAUUGACACGCCAAAAGAAAUUGGAGCACGUUGCUGUCACAUCUGCCUGGCUCGCAGCUGAAGACUAUGCAUCGUUGCUCGGAUCUGCAGACCUCGGACUCUCUCUACACACCUCAUCCAGUGGCGUAGAUCUCCCGAUGAAAGUCGUAGACAUGUUCGGUGCGGGGCUACCUGUUGCUGGCUGGAGCGAUUUCGAGGCGUGGCCAGAGCUCGUGAAAGAAGGCAAGAAUGGUACGGGGUUCAAGAGCUCUGAAGAACUUGCGGAGACUCUGGAAAGGUUAUUCGGAGGAGAUGGAUCAGAGCUUAAAAGACUAAAAGAAGGCGCUAUGCAGGAGACCAAGCGAAGGUGGAAUGACGAAUGGAUGCCAGUUGCUGGGAAAUUGUUCGGGCUCCGAGAUUCAUAGACCUUCUAAACAGACGAAUGCAAGAAGCACGUCAACUCAG